UAUAACCAAGUCAAAAUUCGAUUUUGGGAACUUUUGGGGUGCGACCGAGUCAAAAUUCAGUUGUGGGAACUUUGCGGCUUAACUAUGACAUCCAAAACAUCGAACAACAUCCUUGUCAUAAUUAUUGACGAAAAUUUCGACGAACUAACAACUUUAUUGGAUGUGAACGAUUCUCUGUUAAGCUAUCUCGAAGUGAAGAGCAUAAUCACUGAUGAAACCGUGGAUUUGUUGCGCAAGAUUAACGGGAAAGUAAAUAAGGCACACAGGUUGCUUACAAUUCUUCGUAAUUUAAGGACUGACGAAGACCUACCAGUAAUUAUGCACGCUCUCGGAGAUGACGUUAGCUGCAACAAAAGAGCUUUCCAAAUAUUCCAACCAUACCUACCAGUCAACGACGCGAAUAAAGGUGAUGACUUGCAAUUUUCAGACUUACACUUAAAGAUAAACGAACAUUUGGUGGACACGAUGGAAACUUGGAUGGAGUUAGAAGUGCCAAACUCGUCAAGAACAACUACAUCGUCCGCAGAAUGCGACCACUGGAACUACAAUGUCACCAAAUUUCUUGGGGUUGGCUCUUUUGGUGUGGUUUUUCAAAUCAGAGAAACGUCUACUCGGUUGAACUCCGACCGGGUGGACGCAGCACUUAAGAUAGUAGUUGGACAGACAAGAGAUGUGACUGAGUUUAAGAAUACAGUGGAGCGAGAAUGCCAAAUAAUGGACGCUACAAAUUCAACUCCCCACGAAAAUGUGGUUACUAUUUUGGCCCAUAAACUUCUUGAACCUGGAGGUCCAAACAUCAUCGACGAAUACAUGCAGGCUACCAAUACUACUUUAGAACAUGGGAAACGACUUUGUUGUUUCGCCCUGACAGAUAACUUAGCCCACGGACAUCCUGCCAUAAUAAUUAAAAUGGAACUAUGUGGUCCAACCCUGCAGACAUGGUUACUCAAAAACGAUAAAAAACCUGAACAAGUUAGCAAUGUCGAUAUAGACUUUACGCUGCGCAAACAAAUUACACUUGGGAUGAUUUCUGGCCUAAAAUUUCUCCAUUCCAAGAAUAUUCUGCACCGAGAUUUGAAACCUGAAAAUAUUUAUUUUUCCCACGUCAAGGACUCUGACGAUUUGUUCCAAUGCCCUAUAAAACUUGGAGACUUUGGGCAAUGCCGUAAAGUCCCGGGUGAUGCCACCAUGACACAAACGGUUCAAGUAUGGUCGGAACUGUACCGAGCUAGAGAAGCUAAAGAAUUCGAUGAACUAGGGAACCUCCGGUACGGGCCGAAUGCUGAUUGGUUUUCUGUGGGACUUAUUAUUUUUGAAAUGUUCCACCUGAUUCCCAAGACAGUGCUCAAGACAAAAUUUGCUGACCUAAUUGGAAAAAAGGGUGUUGGUCUGGUAAACGAUUUUCCUGACAUGCCAAAUCUGAAAGAUAUCAUAAUUGGUUUAACCAGAAAAAUGUCUGACGCUAGGGUGCCAACCAUCAACAAAAUUCGUGACGAUAAUUUUGUUAUGUUUUAAUAUCACUUUAACAGUUCCCGUUUAUGCUCAAAAGUUAGAAAGACCAAAUGCCAUCAGUAUAAUAUAAAUAUUGCAUUAGAAACAACCACUGGUAAAUAUGUAUCAGUUUAAUAAUUUUCCGCGAAUACGUUACUUUCAACAUAAGUUAUCCAAUUUAAGCUACAACAUUAUACAUACAUAGUUUUAUUCAAAUUGAAAAAUAAAUUUGGUAAAAUUUAA